GCAGUGGCAGUUCCAGACGCGACAUGGUCGCGCCCGAACCGGAGUGCGAGCAGGUGUCCGAUUCUAGAACUCAGCCAAUGAGUAGGCUGGAUGCGGACCCAGUACAAGCCACAAAGGACGGCAGACAAAAAUUGAAUGGAAAGCCACUGGAGUAUACAAUAAGCGCUAGGGGAAAACCUGAGAAAGUUCCUGACGAACCAAAGCCUACGGAACCGAAGAUUAAGAAGUCGUGCGGUGUGAAGAGCCUGAAGCGUGCCUCAGGCAAAGCCAACAAGGACAACAGACCGCUGGUCCUUGAAGAAAGGCAUUCUCUUUCGAUUGCCGAGACAAAGAAGCGCAGGGCCAGCGUGUUUUCGGAAGAACGCCUAUUUAUACCCAAAGAGCUGGCACGCAGCAAUCUGCUGCAGCAGCGAGGCAGCUCGGUAGUGAAUAGCCUCGAUAAAUUAUCGAGAAACGCGGACUAUUGCCUGCGCAUGCUCAAGUUUCCCGUUGGGACUGGACGUGCGCGAUUCGUGGCCAACCAAAUGAAGAAGGGACAGAUGGCGGGUCUGCAAGGCAGCUCCAAGGAGCCACCAGAUGAGUCGGAGAUGAUCGGAGAUGGCAACGCAGUUGCAACGUGCAUGGAAGCGAAGGCAGUUGAAGGAAGUCCCAUCGCCACGAAGGAGGAAGCCGUGCAUAUGCCCGAUUUGGAUGCCGAAAGGGCUGCAAAUGAUCCACUGAUCCAUAUUCAGGUGAUCAUUGACACUGAUGAUGAUGAUGAUGAUGAGGAUAUAAAUUACAAAUCGGAAGCGACCGAACAAGGCGUAGGGGCAGGACAGAGCCCACCAGCAAUGCAGGAUCAAUGCCACAGCGUGAUUAAGGUCUGCAAUCAGUUGAUGUCGGAGAAUGGGGGGCCAUCGGAGCAGCCAUAUCCCUACCUGCGCUGGCACAAUCCAGACCGUGAAUUGCUGGACAUAAAGAUGGGUCUGCUGGAGGAUUUGAGGAACAUAUCGGAAGCCGAAGCAAAUCACAGCGCAGCAGAAAACAAUCAGCAAGUAAUUACGAGUGAGGAAGCCCAGGAGGAGAGUUCCAGCACCCAACAGGUGCCAACAAUUCCACAAACCCAGCAUCAGCCGCUGCUGGAGCCACUCACCUCUAACCCGCCGCUAUAUCAGUCCGUCCAUCAAAUACAACAUCCCAGGGUCGAUGCUCUCACCCAGCCACAUGCUUCUUGCUGUUCUGUACCCCUUGCCGUGAGCAGUUCCUUUCCAGCCACAGAAGCGGCAGAGGGACAUUCACAUUCGAUUCUCUGUCAGCGAUUGCAGCAUCAUAGUGUCCUGCCCAGUGUGGAGACAUUUCAGCCAAGCAGCGUCUGCCACAAUAGUCGCGUGGAUCUGGCCAAUCAGCACUUCAGGCAGCAGCAGCACGUGGACUUUGAAUCACUGCUGCCCAGUGCAUUGGUGUAUCCGUGGAGCCAGCAGAGCCUCGACUUCUAUCCGGAACAGCAGCAGCUGCAGCUGGCACAGGCGCAGGCGCAGGCGCAGCAACGUCUCUUUGCACAGCCGCCAGUGCGGCACAUAAUUCCGCAAUUAUCGCAACAGCAUCAACAGCAAGUUGUCUGCCAGCAGACUGUACUCGCGUCCAUGGGGGAGCUAGAGAAACUGAAGGCCAUGCAGCAGAACCUCAAGCUGCAGGAGGAGGAGCAGCAGCGUUUCUUCUACACCACCCUCAAGGCGAUACUCAGCGAGCGGGCGGACGAUGAGCAAAUGUUUCAGUUCAAGAUGAAGCAAAGCAAGAAGGCCGAGGACAAGCUGAAGGCGGACAAAGAGAAGCAGCAGCGACAGCUGCGAGCGGAUCUCCAUAAUUUGGAUACGCGCAUACGCGACCAGCAGCGGCAGUUAGCCUGGAGGCAGCAUCAGCAACAAUUGCUCUUGCAACACCCAAUCCAUCAGCAGCAGCAGCCACAGCAGCAACAGCAGCACAUUCUGCCGCAUUAUCCACAAAGGCAGGUAGCGGCAGUAGCGGAGUCGCAAAGAAAGGCAACAAAGCAACACCACCCACCGGCCAUGUUUGAGCGGCCCCCCUACGUAUAUCCGCCAUCCUCCUCCUACUCCACGUACGGGCAACCUUCUGCACUGAAUGUUGCAUCUGCCGCUACAGGCAGUGAAUUUCACACGAAACUCAUGCCACCACCUGCUCUAAAAAAAAAGGCUGCGAGCUCCAGCGCCGGGACUGUCCACAAAAGAAUGACCAAGGCCCAAGAGGCUGAACUGCGGCGUGAAAUCAACGAACGUAGGGCCACACCGUAUCCGGCUCCGUCCGUGGAAAUUCACUAUCCAACAGCUGCAGUCUCCUCCUCCACGUUUCCCGCCGCCUACCAUUUUCAACCCAUCUACACACCAUCCCCACCCGCAAGAAGUCAGCAGCAGAGAGCACCCGAUCCGGAGCAUGGAUCGGCAAGGGCAACCACUUCUACAUUUAUCACAAAUUUCGUCUCGAGCUAUCUGAAUGAGCAUAUGCGAACCAAUAAGUGA